AUGCCGAUAAAAAAAAAUAAGGAUGAAUAUGAUGCGCAAGGUGUUCGUUUUGGCCUUUGCCAUAAGUCGCACCAUCAUGAUCGCAAAAGAAAUCGUGUAAAUGGACAAACCAAACCCCGAGCUACCCGAACAGCCAAGGACACUACUGGAAACUGUCUAUGCAACUGUCCCCUAUCUUUGAAAUUCUCUAGGAACAAAGAGUUCAUCUACCUUGCAUGUAAGGGAGAGAAGAUCCACAAAUACCACCCCAAAGCCCCCGGUCCAUUGCCUUUGAAGGCAAACAAUCUAACUGACGAGCAAAAACAGCAGCUCCUGGCUCAGCAGAGGGCAGCAGUUGCCAACCCCCAAUCUCGCAAAAUCUUACUUGAGCUUAAGCAGGGGUACAUUUCAAAAUCUGCCUAUCGAACUGUAAUGAUAACUGCACCGGACUACAUAGCCGCAAAAGCUGUUGCUGGUGCAAACUCCUCUGCCGCUGAGUUUAUAGGCUGGUUGAGAGCUCAAGCCGCAAAUCCUGAAACAAAUCUGUCGUAUAUGGUACUCUCCUAUGCCCUGACGUCUAAGAAUUGUUGUGUUGUUAGAAGGUAUAUCCAAAAUCCAAAGGGUUGGAGGUCCAACAGCAAUCCUCCCUCUAAUCCCGAGACUGUCAUGAACAACCUGACAUACAGGGAUGAACUUCUACUACCGAUUGAAAUCCAGGAACCCUUGGCAAGCUCUCGCAAAUCAACCCCUACUCCUCCCAUUGGUAAGGGUGGACUAGUAGCAAAAAACAACCUUUGCCAAGCUGCUAUAGAUCGUGUUGCACUACCAAUGUGGCAGGACUAUUGUGCAUCUGUUGGUGUUGAAGACCAUUUGCAAAAUACCAAAGCCAUCCGAGAGAAAAAAGAAGCAAUUUUUUGUCGUGCAGCAAAUGAAGUUGACAACCAAACCAUUAGGAACAGUUUGGCCUACACCUCUGGCGAUGGCAAAGAAUCUUGUGAUGAGGAUACAGCUUGUAGCCAUAUGGAUUGUAAUGCAGCUCAGGGAAAGGUCGGAAUUGCUGAUAAACUAUGUGCCAAGCCUGCCCCCAUUGUUCCCAAAGGCUUAUACUCUAUUGCAAAUGUAUCCAUUGCAAACCAGACCAAUGACAAUUUUGCACAAUCUGUGGAAGUUGAAUCAACUCUCAAGGGGGUCGCACCAAUGGUUGAGCUUGUUGAGCAAGCAGAAACGCAUCUCCUUGCAUCUAGUGACACAAUUAUGUCACCCACUAAAGUUAUGCUUGGAGGUGCAUGGAUGACAGAAGCAGAGAAACGUCACUUUUUCCGCUUCCCUGAGGUUUUGUUCAUUGACGCUACACACAAGUCAAACAACAAAGGCCGGCCUCUUCUCCUUGUCUGUGGUAGAGAUAGUGGUGGUAAGGCGUUUGCCAUCCUUCAGAUGUUCAUGCCCAACGAGACCAAGGCCUUCUAUUGGUGGGUAUUCCUUGAGGUCUUACCGGCCAUGCUUGGUGUAGCACACCUGAAACGAGUCAAUCUCAUAUUGACUGAUGGAGAUGCCAACGAGUACAAUGCUCUUGAUCAAGGAAUCUUUCAUUAUUUCAAGAAUGCCAUUCGUGGGAGAUGUGGUCAUCAUCUAAUAGAAAAAACCAUCAAAUCACACGGUCCUUCUGAUGGAGAAUUGGAAAACCAAUGUAAUGGGCGGGCGAUCAUACUGGAGGUGAAGCAAUGGGUACGGUCAUGGGUUGAUGGGAGUUCAUGUGGCACAAAAGAACAAUUUGAGUUUUCAAAGCAACUGUUGUUAUCUUGGAGAAGAAGCUGCACAAAAAUUGGGUCCAACAAAUUUCCUGACUGCAUCACUCAGAAGACCACAGCACGAUAG